AUAUAAUGAGUUGGGCUAUAGAGCCAAAGACAUUGUACUCUUGUAAUCCCUCCAUGCCUGAACCAAUUUUCCAUGGCUCUAACCCAAAAAAGUUGUUUUUUUCUGUCUUGCUUUGGAUUUUCCGAUCAUGAAAAGGAUAAAGUGAAAUCUGUCAAAAUUAAAAGGAAAAACAGUUCCUGCAUCUCUUUUAUCAAAUUCCACAGAAAAAAAUGGUCGUCAGCGAAAACAGUUUCAAUCAACAAAAAUAGAGAAGAAAUUCAUGUGUUCAAGUUUCGGCAGCUUCCGAUUUCAACUACCCUUUACGUGCCGGUUACCGAUAACAGCAAGGCAAAGAUGAUGGUGGAGAAGUGCAAAAAGUUGGAAUAUUCCUCUUGCAAAAAGGGGUUAUUGAGAAGCUUUACUAGUGGAGAAGACAAGCAUGACACUUCUAACGUUAUUUGGAUGUCAAUACUAAUGGUGACACUAAUUACAAUGUUGUUUUGGGGCAAGUUUUGUGCCAUUCUUUGGACCUCUUCAUGCUUAUAUUUUCUCCCAACAAUGAAAAGCACUCAUCAUGGAACAUAAUGUGAACUCCAACCUAUACAACAAGGAGGUGGUGUUGAAUCGAUUUCUACUUUCUAGAGACAAACCAUCCAAAUGUUGUUCCAUUUUAAUGGUUUUCUAUUUUUUGUAUAGCUUUCUCUUUUGGAGGAAUGUAAUUUCUUUUUUCAAAUACAUUCCUAUUGUUUUUCUUUUGUGGUUUAUUUAUGCUUUCGAAGGGAGUGUUGAAACAUGUGAAAACAAGGGGAAGAUUUGUAAAUUUAUGGCACUAAGUAUAACUCAAUAUCAAAAGUU